AUGGAACGACGAGUGACCGUUGAAAUAAACGAGACAAUAGAUAUCGUCGAAGAGGAUUUCAGUACAUUGCAGAGACAACCUGACGAUGAAACCCGGCGCUACCCGGAGGAAGAAACUUGUUGUGGAAGAGCGGUUUGGUGCCACUCAAAACUUCGAUACAUCUGGAUCUACAAUCCGAUAUCGAAUUGCUUUACAAUGCCUUACAAUUGCGUCACCUGGUCAAGUCUUUCGUGGUUAUUGACAAGCCUCAUAUUAGUGGCAGUGACCUAUUCAACACUGUACUUCCUGAUGAGCGAGCUAAUGCUGCCGGGCGGGUCCUUAUUCGGUUUAUUCUGGAUGGUGGUGGUCGCCUACGCACUCGGUUGGAGUCUCACGUACAUCCCGUUCCUCCAUAUACCGCCAGUGUUUGGUAUGCUGCUGGCAGGAAUUAUUUUCCGGAGCAGUGGAUUUUACAAAAUUCACGACCACAUCCCCCUUAAAACCACCACCAAGAUACGGACUUUCUGCGUAACUUUCCUGAUGAUCAGAGGCGGUCUCCAGCUGACAACCACUGCAUUAAGAAGCCAGCCUCUUUUUCUGCUGAUGCUAGGACUUCUUCCGUCAACGUUUGAAAUAAUAAUUAUUGGUCUCUGCAGCAGAUAUAUUCUUCAGUAUCCCUGGGAUUGGUCAUUUCUCGCCGGAACAAUUAUGACCGGGCUGUCACCCGUCGUUACUGUCAAUUGUAUACUGGCAUUAGCUGAAAAGGGCUACGGCGAAGAUAAAGAUCUGGCUGGUAUCCUUUCGACAGCGACUUCUAUUGAUAGCAUACACGUGAUUUCAAUGUUCUCAAUAUGCUUCACCCUUGUGUUUAGCGAAGAUGGUAGAAAAAACUUCUGGAAAUAUAUACCAGGAGGAUUACGGGACGUUGUUGUUGGACUUUUAGUUGGAGUAGCGUUAGGAUUUAUAUUUGGUUUUUUACCUUACCGAAAUGCGAAAUACGUAACAUUUUAUCGCAUAGCGGGUCUGAUAAUGGGCUCGUUAAUGUUCACUUCUGGGGCAAGUAUGAUGACUGAAACCGGAGGUGGUUAUCUAGCUACAAUGUGUAUGUCAUUUGUCUCAAGUUCCAUCUGGAAGCAGCUUUCUGGGAAUCCCUUCAACGUAAGGCCAUUCCAAAAAACGCUCUUCUUCAUAUGGCACUUUAUGCAGCCUGUCCUGCUGGGAGUAAUUGGUGCCGAAAUGGACUUAACGCUAUGGUCGUCACAGCGAUUUGGGCUCCAUAUUUCCUGUAUUCUCCUGGGGCUCCUGAUACGAAGCUCGGCCGCGAUUCUCUCGACCCAAGGAACCGAUUUCACGAUGAAAGAACGGAUAUUUGUAGCAUUGGCGUGGCUACCAAAAGGCAGCCUCCAGGCCACACUGGCGCCGUUGGCACUUGAGAGUGCUGGGCAGAUUGACCAUCCAGAAAUAAUGUCCCUGGCUACGGAUAUCGUCAGGAUGUCAGUGGUAUCUAUUCUGUUCCUGGCGCCCCUGGGAGCGAUCAUAAUGAUGGUCACAGGUCCUAUUCUUCUUACCAAGAUCGACGAAGAGACCCAAGCCCGUCGCCGAGAGCUC